AUGUACGAAUCGCAAGUGUCAUUCGCCCUCGACACUAUCUGCCCGUGGACAUACCUAGCAAAGAAGAGACUGGAAGAAGCCCUCGCCCGAGUGCGAGCAACCUCCCCCCCGGUAUCAUUCGCCCUCCGCUUCGAACCAUUCCAGCUCUUCCCCGACUUCCCCGACACCAGCGACAAGCAAGCCUGGUACCUCCACGAGAAGCACUCCGACAACGAGGCCGCCCAGCAGGCGUACCAGUCCCACAUGACGUCCCUCCUGGAGCCGCACGGCGUGAAGCUCAACUUCGCGGGCGAAAUGGGCAACACCCUCCACGCCCACCGCGUGAUUCAGCAAAUCCAGCAGGAAAAGGGCACCGACGCCGCCAGCCGCCUGGUACAAGGACUGUACAGGCGAUACUUUGAGGAGGCCAAGCACCCGUCGCGCGACGACACGCUGGUGGAGGCGUGUGUGGAGGCGGGCGUGGGGGAGGCCGAGGCGAGGGAGCUCGUGCAGGACAAGGAGACGGGUCUGGCAGACGUGAGCGCAAGGUUGAGGCAGGUCGCGAUGGACGUGGACGCGGUGCCCGUGGUCGUGGUGGAGGGCAAAAGGAGGGACAUCACGCUGACGGGGGCCAAGGACGUCAAGGAUUACGUCAAAGCCCUGGAGACGGUGAUCAAGGAGAGCGGCUGA